UUCAUGUUUUUAACUCUUCUCACAAUUUCCGAAUCAUCUUCUCACAAGAGUCGCAUUCAUAUCUCUCUCUAAUUCUGAACUCUUCUCACAAUUUCCGAAUCAAGAGACACCAAACUCUGGUCUCCUUCGACUUCACCGCAACACCGCCCCUCCGUCGCCGUCGGUUGCGGAAACUCCAGAGGUUCAUCGCCGCCUCAACUUGCCGCCGCUGUCACCAUCCAGCAGCCCAUUCACGCCAGUUCUCAGCACAAAGAAUGGAAGAAGCUGCCGCCGCUGCCUUGCUUCAAGUUCUAUUUCAAAAGCUCAUCGAGUAUGCCAGGGAUCAGGUCUCUUUUGUUCGAGGUUUCAGAAAUGAAGCAGAACAGUUGACUGAAAAUCUGGACAUGAUCCAGAAAUUCUUGAGUGAUUCAGAGAGGGGCUCCAUCGCUGGUGAGGCUGUCAAGAAGUGGCUCACAGAUCUCGGAAAUGGGGGGUUCGAUGCUGACAAUGUUUUGGAUGAAAUCAAAUAUCAUCAACUCUCCAAACAAAGCAAGGCUAUGAUUGCCAACAAACCAAUGAAACAAAAGGUAUUGUCAUGCUUCUCAUUCUGUCUUCGUAUUUCACGUGCUCGAAGUAUGGCUCUUAGAAUCCAACAAAUCAAUGGGGAUUUGGGGGUCAUUAACAAAAGGGCUGCCGAUCUUGGCCUCGUCGGGAGACUUGCUGCUGCUGUGCCCACUUUGCCUGAUGUUGCUCGUGAAACUGACUCGUUCUCUCUUGAUCCUAUUUUUAUUGGAAGAGAUGAGAUGAUGUCAGAAAUAGUUGAACAGCUUACUGCUUGUAUCACAACUGAUGAACCUAUUUCUAUCCUUGCCAUUGUGGGAAUGGGAGGAUUGGGAAAGACAACUUUGACUAGGGAAGUCUUCCAUUUUAUCAAAGAAAAGAAUCUGUUUGGAUCACAUAUUUGGGUGCAUGUUUCUCAAAAUUUUGAUCCACUCGGGGAUAAGGAAGGUGUUUUGAAAAAACUUGAUGGUGCUUUAAAAGAUAAAUCGCAUCUUCUUAUUCUUGAUGAUAUUUGGAAUGAAAGUGUUCUCACAUGGGAAGAAUUUUUUCAUCCCUUGUUGCGCGUUAGUUCUAUGAAGGGUAAUGCGAUUGUUGUUACCACCAGAAGUAUGGACGUCGCUUCAAUUAUGAAACCAUUUCAUACACAUGAGCUGCAAAUUUUAUCAAAUGAAGAUUGUUGGUCAAUUAUCAAAGAAAAAACUUUUGGAAAAGAGAAUGUUCCUUCAGAACUUGAGGCCUCUGGAACAAAGAUUGCAGAAAAAUGUAAAGGUUUGCCAUUAGCUGCCAGCGUAGUUGGUGGAGUACUACUGUGUGAUAAAUCUGAAGAAAAAUGGCACUCGAUCAAAGAGAAUUGGCUUUCACGAUAUGAAGGAAAUGAUAUCGCACAGAUAUUGAAGUUUAGUUUUGAUAAUUUGCCUCUGCCGUCACUCAAAAAGUGUUUUGCAUAUUGUUCGAUUUUUCCUAAAGGUUACAAAAUUAGAACACGGGAUCUGAUCGAGUAUUGGAUGGGCGAAGGAUUUCUUGAAGCUGAUAGAAGCAGUGACAUGGAAUCUAUGGGAGAAAAAUUUAUCUAUGUUCUUCUACGCAACUCUUUCCUGCAAAUUGCGGAAAGAGAUUUUUAUGGAAAUGUGAAAAGUUGUGUGAUGCAUGAUCUUCUGCAUGAUCUCGAAGAUUCUGUUUUAAGAGGUUCUUUUAAGGAAGAAGUAAUUACCCGAGUUCGAUACAUGUUUCUCGAAGAAGAUUCAAUUGUUGAUCUAAAAAAAAAUGCAAAAUAUUUACGCAUCCAUGGAUGACAUCAAUAGUAACAUGUUCUCAAACUUCGAAUCUCUUCAUGUUUUAUAUUUUGGAAAUUGGGAUGUUGAAGAGUUGUCAAGUGAAAUCAAGAAGUUGAUACAUUUGAGGGUUCUUGAUAUUGAACAGACAUCUAUUGAAUAUCUUCCGGAUUGGAUUGGUGAACUCUUUCACUUGCAGACAUUGAGAGCGUGUAACGAUCGUUUAAAGCAACUUCCAAGUACUUUGAAGAACUUGAGAAACUUAAGGCAUCUUUAUAUUGAGGAAGAUGUAGAGUUGUUUGCCGAGAUUGGUCUGUUAACUUCUCUCAGGACCCUAAAGUUUUUUAGAGUGGGCAACAAGAAUGGCUACAAAAUUGCAGAGCUCGGAAGUUUGAAUUGUCUCAAAGGAGAACUGCAAAUUGAUAACCUUGAAAGGGUUUGUAACAAGGAAGAAGCUCAAAAAGCAGAUCUAUCUAACAAGCUAAAAUUAUUGAAGUUAAAUUUGGGAUGGAAGAUUGGUAGAGAAGGUGAAACUACAAAUGAUGAGAAUGUGUUGGAAGGCCUCCAACCUCACUCUCGUCUGGAGAAGUUGGGGAUUUCUGGAUUUGGAGGUAGAAACUUUCCAUCAUGGACUCGAAAUAUGGGAGUUGAUAAUGUAGGCCAAGGUUCUAGGCUACCACUUAACAAGUUGGUUAAGAUAACACUCUCCCACUGCUCAGAAUGUGAAGAAAUCCCAAUGUUUGGGCAGUUGCCAAAUCUCAAGUGUCUUGUGUUGUACAAAUUGAGGAAUGUGAAGUCCAUAAAUUCUUCAUUCUAUGGAGCAGUGAAUGAUGAGACACGUACUGUUUUCCCAGUACUAGAAGAGCUUGUGUUAAAUAGCUUGCCUAAGCUCAUAGUGUUGAAGGGAAUAGAAUCAGUGGAUGCAAGUGCUGUCAAUGUAUUUCCUCACCUUCAAGACUUGAUGAUCCAGAAUUGCGGUGUGUUGAAGAGUUUUCCUACCCAUUUCUGGUCGUUCCUCAAACAAUUGAAUUUUCGUUAUAUUGACAGCUAUAAGCCUUUGGAAGACAUAUUUCGAUUGGAAUUAACGUUGCUAACAAAGCUUUUUAUAGUUGGAAUACGUGAUGUAGAAAGUCUCCCAGAUUGGCUUUUCUUUAGUAAUCCCAAUCUCUCAAAGUUGAAUAUAUUGCAGUGUUCCAAUUUGAGAGAAAUACCAAAUGGUCUAGGCACCCUCAAUACUUUGAAAGAGUUUCGCAUAAAGGAUUGCCCAAAUCUGAAACGGAUUGGAGAUCUUUGCGUACAACAAUCACAAGAAAGUCUCAGAUCCCUUACUACUUUGAAGAUCAGUAUGUGCGAGGCUUUGCUGUAUUUGCCAUGUGAUAUGCUAGGUUCCUCACUCAAGAAGUUAUCGUUGGAGGAUUUAAGUAGCCUAGAGAAUCUACCCGAAAUAAUUGCCCGUCUCCCAAAAUCCCCCCGUCUAGCACGUUUGAAAAUUACUAAUGUUCCUCAGUUCAUGACCACUUGUUUUGUUGAGAUUCCGCCUCGUUUUAGUAGCUUGGCAUGGUUAAGAAUAGAUGCUAGUGUGGGGGGAUUAAUGGAGACUGUUAAUGGCAUAUUGCAAGGAUGCAGCUGUCUUAACAAGUUAGAAUUGAAGGGGAUGGAAAGUUGGGAAAAUCUGCCGGAAUCUAUUCAACAUCUCACUACUCUUUCUGAGUUAAAGCUGGAGAAUUUUGGAAUGGAAGAGUUACCUGAAUGGUUGGGGAACUUGUCAUCUCUAAUGGAGUUGCAUAUACAUAAUUGUAUGAAGUUAAGGCGUCUACCCUCUGCGGAUGCAAUGCGGCGCCUCACUGAAUUAUACUCCUUAAAUAUUGAGGGAUGCCCGGAAAUAUGUCUUGAAGAAGCAAGUGAUGCAGCUGAUUCUCAAUGGCCCACCAUUUCGCAUAUCCCCUUCAUCUAUAUUGAUGGACGCGGAAUCGGUAAUGAUAGUGAUUGUGAUAGUGAUAGUCAUGAAGAGGAAAGCAGAAGGAAAGGUUCGUGUUUGAGUUCGAGUUAUUGCUUCUAAAGAGUGAGGAGGUGAAGGAGUGUGGAGUGUGUGCCCAUAACUUUUCUCCAACUUGAUGUCAACAUUCUUCAAGUUCCCACUGGUUUGGCAAUUGUCUGCGCCGUGUGUCUUUCUCAUGCCACAAUGUGGUGGCAGAAGAAGAUGAAGCAAAGACUUGUGUUAGGCAACGUUCGAAUUUGCUUACCAACAAACUUUUACGGCUGUACUCAUUUUAUCCUUGUUUGUUGCAUGAAACUUGUAAAAUGUAAGGUAUUUUAAGAUGUUUGGAUUGGUUUUGUUGUUGUAAUUUAUGAAUAAAGAUCCUAUGUUUUGUAGGUAUCUUGUUACGACU